AUGACAAAAUAUUUGUGGCUCUUCAUGCUCAUCCUCAUCAUUCCAGUGGCUCUGGAAGUUGGUGUGGAUCAAUCCAAGAAUGAAGUGAAGGUAUUGAGGUACUUUGAAUCCAUCAGUACCUCAAAUGCCAAUGUGAAGCAGUGUGUAUGGUUUGCUAUGAAAGAAUACAACAAAGGAAGUGGGGACAAGUAUGUCUUCCUCGUGGACAAGACAUUGCAUGCCAAGCUUCAGAUCACAGACCGAAUGGAAUACCACAUUGAUGUUCAGAUCUCCCGCAGCAAUUGCAAAAAGCCUUUAAACAAUACUGAAAACUGUGUCCCUCAAAAAAACUCCAAACUGGAAAAGAAAGUCAACUGCAGCUUUUUGGUAGCAGCACUUCCCUGGAUUGGCGAGUUCACCCUGUUGAACAAAGAAUGUAAAAAUAUCUAA